AUGCCUUACGUCAUUUGUGUCGAAUGCUCAGCGAGUGUCGCAGAAGAUUUGAUUGAUAAACACGUGAGAUCAGGUUGCAAGACCGGGGUAGAUACCAAACCCAAUACUCCGAAAUCCAAACCCGCUCCGUCCCAAGCCAAACCCAGCGCGCACAAAGAGAACUCUAGUUCGCUCGCACCCAUAUUCAAAUCCAAACGAACAGCUUCUUCACCACCUCCUCCUCAAACGGAUGGACCCGAACGCGACAAUGAGCCCCCGACUCCUACGCCAAAGCGGGCCAAGACUUCGAAGCAGCAUUUGACAGACGCGGCGCCGCUCGCGGAAAGAAUGAGACCAAAAUCGUUGGAUGAGUUGGUCGGGCAGGAACAUCUCGUCGGGAAGGGAAGUUUGUUGCGGGGUUUGAUGGAGUCUGGAACAACGGGGAGCAUGAUACUUUGGGGUCCUCCUGGUAGUGGAAAGACGACUAUUGCGCGAAUGCUUGCGUCCCAUACGGAUGCGACGUUUACUGAGCUAUCGGCUACGUCUUCUGGUACAGCCGAUGUCAGAGCCAUUUUCGAGGCGGCCAAAGCAGGGUUGAAAUUAUCCGGGCGAAGAACAAUGUUGUUCAUGGAUGAGAUUCAACGGUUCAACAAGGCUCAGCAGGAUAUAUUCUUGCCUUAUGUGGAAAAUGGGUGGAUCCAGUUGGUAGGAGCUACAACGGAGAACCCAAGUUUCAAGUUGAACGGUGCUUUACUGAGCCGAUGUCGAGUAUUCGUACUCGAAAAACUAACAGACGAACAAAUCGAAACUAUCCUAAAGCAAGCACUUUACCGGCUAGAGCCUACAAUACCACAUGCAACAUUACCCCAAAUCCCAAAUUCUCCCCCAAGCUCAUCCAACUCUACAGCCGCGUCUCCAGACCCAAAUGAAACCUCCACCAUCACAUGGCCUUCCCACCCCCAGGCGACACCCAGAAUCUUGGCCUCGAUCUCGUCUCUCGCAGCGGGGGACGCGCGAACAGCACUAAGCCUGCUCGAACUGGUCCUCAGCGCCCCUCUGACCAUCGACGAAGAGAAGCUGUUGGAAAGCCUCAGGCGGAGUGUGUCGUCCAGGUACGACAGGUCCGGAGACGAUCGGUACGAUAUGAUCAGCGCGUUGCAUAAGAGUAUUAGAGGGAGCGACGGGAGCGCGGCGAUGUACUGGCUCGCGAGGAUGUUGACGGCUGGGGAAGACCCGUUGUAUAUCGCGCGGAGGUUGAUUGUGGUCGCGAGCGAAGAUGUAGGGUUGGCCGACAACUCGGCGUUGCCCUUGGCAAUCGCAACCUACUCGGCAUGUCAGACCAUCGGUAUGCCCGAGUGUAGAAUCAACCUCGCACACUGCGUCGCGUUUUUAGCCGAAGCACCCAAGUCGACUCGGAGUUACGAAGCGUACAAAAAGGUAGCGGAAGAGGCGGCGCAGGAUUCUACGAUACCUGUUCCGAUGAACAUUCGCAAUGCGCCAACGGGUCUGAUGAAAGAGCUCGGGUACGGAGAAGGGUACUUGUACAACCCAGCAUUUGCGUAUGCAUCCUGUGCACAACGAAUUCCUCCCGAUCGAGUUUCAAGGCCGUGUGUUCCUCCCCCAGCGGGAGAUACGAGCGAGAAGAUAUGGGACGAGCGACUGUUGAUGAAGUGGGAGAUGAGGGGGAAUGGAGGAAAAGAGUGGGAGGGGCGCAAGCUCCAGAGUCGAGAGGGCAAGCCCAGCGAGCAAGCCGAGAUGAAAUACGAGUGGUCUUGUUAG